AUGGUCGAUCCCACCCAACUCCAAGACGCGUCCGCGGAGGAGGCCACAAGGGCGGGGCGGAAGCGGCCACGUAUUGACAUGGCACCAGAUGCAGGUCAGCGCAAACGCGGCAAGUCGAUGUUCGCGCUCGCUCUAGGUACGCUUACGAAGGCGAAGAACGAGGACCGACAGAGGAACCAAAGCGAUGCGGUAAAAAAGCGGCAAGAGAUCGAGCAGCGACUGCAAGACAAGCUGCGCAAAGAGACGGACAGCGUACGGCGUGCCGAGGAGGCGAAGAAGGACAAGACUGCCGCGAACCGCAAGGAAGAGGAGCUGCAACUCAAGGACUCUAUCUACAAACUGCGCCGAACACGUCUCCCUCUCCUCGCCAAUUUCUUGCUCACCUCUGACACGAUCCCUAACAUCCCGCCCACCGACCGCUCCUCACCUCCCCCAGCCCCCAGCGAAGCCCCACAAGAUGCGGACCCAGCAGCCGCCACCGCCCGGGCUUCCAAGGCGCCCGCACUGGCGGCCCCGCUCCGCUCGCACCCUCCACCAUUGUACUACCUCCCCGCCAUCCUCACGCCCGCACAAGAGGCAUUCCUCAAGAGGAGAAAGGAGGAGGUGGCAGCAGCGGCUGACGUAGAAUGGACCGCCUUCGUCGAUGAGCGCACGGCGGGCGUUUCAGAGAUCACACGCCUCCGAGAACGCGUCGGGGAGGAAGACACACGAACGAAGGGCCCCAAGACGACGCAGGAAGACGAGUCACAGUCUGAGUCAAAGAACGCGUCAGCGGGGGGCACAGCUGCCCCUGCGCAGAACGGCGCAAAUCCUCCGAAGGAGGCCGCGGACGACGCGAAGAUGGAGGUGGACGACGAGGCCGCGAAGAAGAGCGAGCAGAAGGAGAGACCGGUGGUGGCAGCGCCCCCGGUGGACGAGGACGAUGCGGUUGAGUAUUAG